AUGCCAGACCCCACCACGACAACCCCUGGUGCGACCAAGUCUACGGACCCGAGGUCGGCUGUCAUAUCCGGGUGCAUUGUGGACGGCAAAAGCACGAUCUUCUACACCGACGAGCACGGCUUCCUGCACACCCUUCAAAACAAAAUCAAUUCGGAUGUGGAGCCGCUCGCGACUCAAGGCCGAGUAGCUUACGACGAUAACAUUCUGACGCUCGGCGGCCAGAACGUGAAGUCCCUUACUAGGGACAUUGCCGCUAUCUCGUUCCCACUGGCAGGUGCCAACUUCACUAGGUCUCGAUUGUAUUACAUCGACACCAACAGCACCUUGCAGGAGCUCCAGAAGGAAGGCUCAGAGGACUGGAAAGUCGGCCAGCUGGGAAAAGACCUUGGCGUCAUUGUCAAGAAGCACAGCCCCAUCACCGCGUUCUUGAGCGUGAACUCGGAUUCCAUCAAGGUGUACUACUACAAGGAUGGUGCCCAGGGGGGCAAGCCUUAUGUUGCUUUCUGGAAUGGGACCAGCAAGAAGUGGUUCACCGAGUACACGGGGUGAAGAGUGCCGAUUGCUGUUGAAUAUUGAUCUGUCUUACUGUCCUUUCAGGCCUUUUCCUUACUUAAUGAAAUUGCGGAGAACUCUGGGAAUUUGCUAUGGAGGAAGUUGGGCUUGGAUAGGUAACAAAUCAAGCAU